AUGAGCAGUGGCAGUACUGAUAUAAUGAAACCAUACUAUCGAAGUGAAGAUGGUAAUAGUAUUGAUGGAUUUAUAAAAGUUAUGCUUUGUCCAAAAGUUGAGAUGAAUCUACUAGAUGUAGAAUGCUUUGUGUUCAUGUUCUGGAAAAGAAUAAAGCCUGGUUUCAGGAAGCAGCUAGGACAUCGAAUG